CGGGGCGAGGGGACCGGAAGGCGGAAGUGGAGGCGGAGGCCAUCACCAGGGAGAGAGGGGAGAAUGCGAUGAGUGACCCUCAUGCUGCGCCGGCUGUUGGCGUUUCUCCUUCAUCCUUGUUUUCUGCCCAGGCUCGCCCGCGGGGCUCCCGGCAGCGACGUCAUGUUCUACGCGGUGCGGAGGGGCAGAAAGACCGGCAUCUUCCACUCUUGGGAGGAAUGUAGAGAGCAAGUCGACAAGUAUAAAUGUGCCAGUUUUAAGAAAUUUCCAACAGAGGAAGCUGCUUGGGCCUUUAUAAAUGGUGGAUCAACAGAUUCAUGCAGUUAUUCAACAGGUACCAGUGGUGACUUUGGUGGAAGAUGGGAACGCAACAGUUACAGGGAUGACAAGUCUACAUCAUGGUCAGAUUAUAGCUCAUAUAAGAGACCAAAUGGACAGAUUUCAGAAAACCAACACAGCAGAAAGCGUGUAAAAUACACUGAAGUGCCUUAUUCAUCGCCAGAGGACAAAGAUAAAUUCUCCUUUAUGGGAGAUUAUGCAGUUGUUUACACUGAUGGAUGUUGCUCGAGUAAUGGGCGGCAUAAAGCACGCGCUGGAAUGGGUGUAUAUUGGGGACCUGGUCAUCCUCUAAAUACCAGUGAGAGAAUUCCUGGGCGGCAGACUAACCAAAGAGCUGAAAUACAUGCAGCUUGCAAAGCAAUAGAACAAGCAAAGAGUCAAAAUAUCAAGAAACUAGCAAUUUAUACUGAUAGCAAAUUCACCAUUAAUGGUGCAACAAGCUGGGUUCCAAACUGGAAGGCCAAUGGUUGGAGAACCAGUUCAGGAAAGGAUGUGGUAAACAAAGAAGACUUUGAAAGACUUGCCAAGCUUUCAGAAGGCAUAGAUAUCCAGUGGAUGCAUGUUCCAGGUCACGCUGGUUUUACCGGGAAUGAAGCAGCAGAUCGGCUAGCAAAAGAAGGAGCUGGGAAGUCCCUGUCUUAGCAUUUUAUAGUUAGAAAGUUCCGCUGAGUUUGGGAGCACCAUCAGAAAACUUAGGACUGUUUUAUGUUUGAGUUUAAUUCUGUUGGACAUGCCUGCAGCCAUCCUGGAAUUCAGGACACUUGGGUGGGGCAUUUGCCCUUCUUUCAAAGAGGUAUUUUGUGAAGAUAAUACAAAAUUCCAGUCCUGGCAGCUUAUAUUUUUAUGCUGUAUGUUGCUGAAGUGGAUCACAUGGUUCAUUAUUCAAAGGUUGGAUGGGCUGUAUAAAUUUUGUGAUGUUACCCGAUCAAAAGAGUUGGAAUAUCUUGCUUUGCUUUGAACAACGUUUCCUGUUGCGUGAUUAGAAAUAAAAGUGUAUUUUUGCAUUUUAAACUUGGUUGGCUUCACAGACACUAAUAGGCUAAAGUGAAACCAAAAAACAAAAUUACAGCUUGCAACAGCUUUGUGCAGUAGUACAUUUCACAAGUGUAUAAUAUUGGGGAGAACAACAACUACCCUCUCCAAUCUUGUUCCCUUGGAGAGCAGUUUAGUCUAAUGACUUGUUCCUAUUCCUCUUUCGUUGAAGGAAUUACAGGUGUUGGAUGUCACUCUUGUUAUUUAAAAGAGCUGAUAAUAUAAUUGUGUUUUUAUUAAAAUAAUUGAAAAUAAAUUGUAUUUUCUUCCAGUGA